AUGGAGGAUGAGAAUGUACUUGAUCUAAGGUUAGCUCUGCCUUGUGGCGGAUCAUCUGCUGUAUCAAAGUGUAAAAUUAGUGGUUCCUCUGAUACUAGGACAGAUGAUGGUGAUAGAGGUAGCAAGUUGAUCAAUGAUUUCAAAACCUUUCUUGAUGGAGGGACCCAAAAACCUGACUCUAGCAUGGGAUCUCAGAGAAGUGAUCUUGGUAGACCGGAGAUGAACUUCUUUAGGAACCUUUCAAAAGCUGCUGUUGAUGUGGAUGCUUCUACAAACUUGAACAGUGGGCUCUGGAUUACUAAUGAUAAUAGAUCUACUGAAGUUGAAGAGGGAAAGAGAGCAGAUGCUGAUAACAAACGUAAAAACACGUUUGAUGAGAUAAACCAUAAAAAAAAGCGUGAAAGAAAAGCUUAUCUUGCUGAUUUGCACGACAAUACAAGAUCACAUAUUUCCAUAAACACCGAUGAUGGCUCAACUGCUGAAAAUGAAGAUGUGGCAGAUUCUGAAGUUGAGGGUACAACCUCAAGGCUGGCAUCACCCUGUGAUGGUGGUUCCAAACGGUUUAACAGGGGUAAUGCCUUAUCUGAGGUUCCUGAGGAUGUUCAUGUGGCUGAUUCAAGUGCUGUAGAUUUCAAAGGACAAAAGAAGUUUAACUUUUCAUCAGAAAAGGAAUUGAAGUGUGGGAAUAUGCCUUAUGGUGUUCCUUUCCCCGCUCAAUCAGGGAACAUCCUCAAUAUGCCUUACUCGUCACUUGGGAAGGAGUCUAAUCCAACUACUGCUCCUGGCCCAUCAGGCUAUCCACUGCCUGGCAUGAUUCAAGUGAUGGCUGCCACAAAUAGUGAGAGACUAGGGACCCUACCACCUGUGCUUUCUGCAAAUGCACCGCUGAUGUUUGGAUAUCCUACUGUCCCAUUUCCAAUGUUGGACAAGGAUAAUUCCCGGGGUUUAGUUUCUCAUUCACAACAGCUCCAUCCAUCUUAUGCCAGCAGGGAUCCACCCAACUCGGAUAAGCAAAUUGAUGGACGGAAGAUAUCUCAAGGUUUUUCUUGCACUCCUUAUGCAACUUUCUUCCACACUAUUUCUAUUGUUUUAAUGAGUGGUAUGACUGCCCUGUCCCGUCUGGUUUUCAGUCAUUUUGACAUAUCUAGGGUUUAUCUGUGGGUUAUUAUUGCAAAUGAUUGCUUUAAUCUUAUAACUGCAAAUGAGAUUCAUUUUCCUGGCAAGUACUCUAUGGGUGUUGUUGUCAUGCCAGUAAACCCACACAAGUCAUCUGAAGCUACUCAAUAUGAUGGGAGGCCAUUAGAACGAGCCCAAGGGGAUGGGAAACAGCAUGUCACAGAAGGAGCUGCCUCUCCUUAUGCAUCUGGCCAGCCAAGAGCCGAAGGGUUUUCUUCUGAAUUUCCUGCUAUAAGGCCAGGUACUGCUGCAGAUUUGAAGUUUGGUGGUUGCGGGUCCUACCCAAAUCUACCAUGGGUUUCGACAACCGGCGCAAAUGAUAGGACAAUAUCAGGUGUUACUUACAGAUAUAGUGCAACCCAAAUCCGGAUUGUUUGUGCUUGCCAUGGGNCAAGUGUGCAGGAAUGGUGCCUACAAAAAGUGUUUUCAAGACACUGGAAUAUUAUAAGUUCAGAUUUUGUACCCGGGCAAGUAGUCCAACAGUUUGGCUGA